AUGUCAUCCAAAAGUUAUGAUCGAUAAAAAAUAUUGAAGGUCGAAGCAAGUUUUGGUCUGACAAAAGAGUAGUAUGAAAAAAAAUAUUUAUUUCAUCGAUUAAAGGAGAGAUUUUUACAUAGCUCUGAUUUAUCAUUAGAGACAAUCACUCCAGAAGGACAUGAAAAUAUUUAUAUUCCCAUGGAUAUUCAAACUCCAACUUAGGCAGAUGGUCUGAGUUAUGAGGAUGAAUAAGCCCUAAGAAUGCAUGGAGCUCAAAUAUGUUUUCAAGCAUGCAGUCACUUAAAAUUGCCUUUAACUACUGCCAUUACAAGCUUGGUGAUUUAUCACAGAUUCUUUGCAAAGAAUUCUUUUGUUGAUUACGAUUAUCGUGAAAUUUCAAUGGCUUCCAUAUAUUUGGCAGGCAAAGUAGAAGAAACAGUGCUGAAAACCUGGUACAUUGCUAGUACUUUCAGCUCCGUGUUUUAAAAAUAAAAAUAAACUCCGUUGGACAUAAUAAUAAAAUAGGAGAAAUUGAUACUUAAGGAACUUGGGUUUGAAUUAUUUAGAGUUUCAGAUCAUCCGCACAAGUUCAUAGAAUCAUUUUAUCAUUUUAUUAAGGUCGACAAGCAGGUAGCUCAAAAGGCAUGGUGUUACUUGAACGACUCAUACAUGACUGAUUUAUGUGUACAUUUUCCACCCUAAGUUAUUGCAGCAGGAGCUCUCUAUUUAGCAUUGAGGAUCUGUAAUCAUCCAAUGCCUUCUUAACCAUGGUGGAUUCUAUUAGAAGCUACUUUGGAUUAAAUUGAGUAAGUGGCUGCAACUAUAUAUAAUAUAUAUGAAUUCGAAAAGAUUGAUUUUCGAUAAGCCAGAAGAAUUCUAGCCAAAGCCAAUAGAGUAGCUUAUGUAAUUUAACAUAGUGAAAUUUAUGGUAUUCCAGAGAAAAUUGAAAAACCAUUAGAAGCUAUUAAAUCAACACCCUAAUAAUAAUAAUAAGAAUAAUAAUAAAAUACUAAAGUAGAACAAUAAAAAUCACCAGUCGAUAAGAAAAGCAUGAAAAAAAGAAGUAGGUCUAAUGAAAAAAAAAGUAAAGAUAAAAAGAAUAAAUCUGAGAAAAAGAAGAAGAAAGAUAAGGAUAAAAAGAAAGAAAAAAAAGACAAAAAAAAGAAAAGUAGAUCUAGAAGCAAGUCAAAUGAAAAAAAAUAAUCAAAAAAAGAUAAAAAGAAGAAUAAAAAUAAAAAAGAUCAGGAAGGAUAAGAGAAAAGUAAAAACAAAGAGUCUGAGCUAGUUAUCUAAUAGGAUGUCAAUUAAAUUGAAACCAAAAUGGACAUUGAGACGCCAAAUGAUUGCAAUAACAAUAACAAAAGCAACAACAACAAUAUCUCAUAAUCAAGCACAGGUAACGAAUUAAAAAAGGAUGACUAAUUGUGCCAAAUACCUAUUACUGAUUAGACAAAUAAAGAUCCAUAUCCUUCAGCAUAACAUGUUAUUAAUGACGUUUAGCAGCCACAAUAAUUGCAUGAUGAAAAAGAAUAAUUGAAAGUGUAAUUGCCAUUAUAGAGUAAAUAGGAUUUGAUUGCUUCAAUAAAAGCAAUUCUAAAAACUUAAUAAUUAUAGAAGGAGAAUAGUAAAGAUUAAGAUAAAGAGAAGGAGAAGGAGAAGGAGAAGGAAAAAGAAAAAGAAUUAGAAAAAAAUGAAGAAUAGUCUCCAGAUGAAUAAGAUUCAGAAGAAGAUGAACAAUUAUAAGCACUUAAAUUAAAAAUGUUAGCAAAAAAAAGAAAUGAUUUGUGA